UUUUAUUUUUUUUAAAAGAAAAAAAUGAAUUCUCCCACCAAAAAAAUCUUUCUUCUCUCCAAAGUUUCUCAUCUAACACCAAAGUCCAAAGAUUAAAAUUGACGGUUACCCAAAAACUCUAUCACCUCACCCUCCCAUCAUCCCUCUCUUCCCAAGUCUCAGCCCCAAAAUUCUUACUCUCUGACUCUCUCUCUCUUUCUUUCUCUUUCUACAUUUCCCCAUUUUCUCUCUCUACAAAUUCUCCCAUUUUCUCUCUCCUCCAUGAUCAUCCUCUUCCUCCAUUGCUGAUGUCUCUCACUAGAUCAUUCCUCUCACGUCGUUCUUCUUCAAUCCGUUGUUUUUCUCUCUCCUCCAAAUCUCACCGUGAGUCACCGUCAACCACCUCCUUCUCGCUCGACGCCGGAAACCACCACAACUCCGGCGAUGAAUCCGACGGUGGGAGAUGGUCGACUUUAUUUCCGGAGUUGUUGGCGGAUAUCAUAGCUCGCGUUGAAUCUACUGAAGAUAAAUGGCCGCUUCGUCGAAACGUCGUCGUUUGUGCUUGUGUUUGUAAGAGAUGGAGGGAUGUUACGAGGGAGAUUGUUAAGUCUCCUCUUUCUACUGCUAAGAUCACCUUUCCUUCUUGCCUUAAGCAGCCAGGGCCACGUGAAAACCCACUUCAAUGUCUCAUAAAGCGGGACAAGAAAAACUCUACGUUCUAUCUCUAUCUCUCUGUAUCACCAUCAUCAUUUUCAGAAAAGGGGAAAUUCCUCUUAGCUGCAAGGAGAUAUAGACGUGGUGCCCACACUGAGUAUAUCAUAUCACUUGAUGUCGAUGACCUAUCACAAGGAAGUCAAGCAUAUGUUGGGAAAUUAAGUUCAGAUUUUCUUGGUACAAACUUCACAAUAUAUGAUAGCCAGCCACCCCAUGAUGGAGCAAAACCAUCAAGUAGCAGAUCAACUCGUCGGUUUGCUAGCAAACAGAUAAGCCCCCAAGUUUCUGCUGGGAAUUUUGAAGUCGGGCAAGUUUCAUACAAGUUUAACCUCUUGAAAUCAAGAGGUCCCAGAAGGAUGAUUUGCUCCCUUAAAUGCCCUGGGCCGACGGGGACCAUUUUGGAUCAGACAGAGGAUGCCAAAACUAAGUUAGCAGAGCUGGAUUCUAGUUACACUGUUCUGAGGAACAAAGCUCCAAGGUGGCAUGAGCACUUGCAAUGCUGGUGCUUGAAUUUUCAUGGCCGGGUAACGGUAGCUUCGGUCAAGAACUUUCAACUUGUAGCGAUAGUGGAUCAAAGCCAACCAGGUGGAAAAGGUGAUGAAGAGGUAGUUCUCCUCCAGUUUGGAAAAGUAGGAGAUGAUACUUUUACCAUGGAUUAUCGCCAGCCACUUUCAGCCUUCCAAGCAUUUGCAAUUUGCCUAACAAGUUUUGGUACGAAACUUGCAUGCGAGUAAGUUGCCAUCUUUGGUGCCAAAAUCCAUGAAAUGGGUGUCCAUAUAUGUUGUUUAAGUGUAAUUUUUUUUUUCUUUGUUUUUUUUGGUUUUUUUUUUAUUUUUUAUUUAUCCACAAAAAGAAGAAAAGAGAAAAAGAAAAAGAAAAGGAUGUAUAAGUUUUCACUCUCCUAUGUAGCUCCUCUUUCUUCAUUUUCGUUCCCAAAUCUGUAUUUUUUCUGCUACAUUUUGUUGGUUAGAUGAAAGAUAAUGUACAUGCCGCCGCCACGAAUGUAACUUGUAUGUAUACACUCUCAUGUCAAGUGUUAAAAGUGUAGAAUAUAAGCAUGUGCUUUUGCAAGUGAACCUAUAUUCUCUGCUGAGUACUUUGUUAUUGUUA